CAGACCACCCGUCGGCGCGCGGCGUCUCUCGUUCGGUGACGUCAGACCACCCGUCGGCGCGCGGCGUCUCUCGUUCGGUGACGUGCCGGUCACGUGACGGUUCCCGCUUCUCGUUGAUGACAGUAGCGCCUCCUGCGACUAAAACUUAUCCGAGGCCGACUCAACAACAACAACACCACCACCACAAUCCUCCUCCUCAUCAUCAUCAUCUCCUCCUUCAUCGAUAACCUCUUCAGGAGGAGGGAGGAGGGUGGAGAGCCAUGAAGAGAGGCGAGGAGGCGCGCGCCGUGCUGGCUAAGGAGGCUCAGACCAAGGUGGUGAUGAGGAGGCUGCCCCCGCAUCUCACCAGCGAGCAGCUCCUGGAACAAGUCUCACCUCUGCCUGAUCACGACUACUACUAUUUCGUGCCCGCGGAUCUGAGCCUGCGUCCACAUGCAUUCUGCCGGGCCUACAUCAAUUUCUCGUCGAGCGAGGGCGUCCUGGAGUUCAGGGAUCGGUUUGACGGCUACGUCUUCAUCAACGAGAAAGGCCAAGAGUUCCCGGCCGUGGUGGAGUUUGCCGCCUUCCAGAAGAUACCAAAGAAGCGAGUGCGCAAGAGAGACGCCAAGUGCGGAACCAUCGAAGAAGAUGAAGACUUCUCGCGCUUCCUGGAAAGCUGCAGGGAGCAGACCGACGACGGAGGAGCCAAGAACCCCGAGCAGUUGCUGGAGGAGGUGGAAGCCCGGACUCGGGAGAUGGGCACGAAUAAAUCGACACCUCUGCUGGAAUAUAUCAAGAACAAAAUGCUGGAGAAACAGCGAGCGAGGGAGGAGCGCUGGGCCGAUCGGCGCCGUGUUGACUCUCGCCGAUCGGUGGCGGCCGGCGGCGGCGGCGGCGGCGGCGGCGGCGCCAUCUCCGGGCACGACCCGCGGCGGCGCUAUCGCGGCGCGGCGACGCCGGUGGCGGCGGCGGCGGACGACGCCGCCGGCAUCGCCGCCGCCGCCGCCGCGGACGACGCCGCCGUCCGCGGGGGAGGCGCGCGGAGGGUCAGGCCCGAGGCCCGGCCACGGCGGACGGAGCGCCAGCGCGAGAGAGACGGCGCCGUCCACAAGGGUCCCCACGGCACGCAGGGCGGCGCGCCCGCCAUGACGGUCAAGCUGCUGCAAAAGCGCGGCCCCGCCGACCCCUCCGAGGCCAAGGCGGCGGCGCCGUCGCCGUCGCCGCCGUCGCCUCCUCCCCCUGCGCCGCCCCCUCAGGGCGCCGCCUCGGCGGCCCCCGGCCCCCCGGCGUCGCCCGCCGACUCCGAGGGGCGGGAGGCCGCCGGCUGGCCGCGGGAGCGCACGCGGCCCCGCGGGUGGGAGGAGAGCCGGCGCAAGCGGGCCGAGAGGGCGCAGCCCAGCGGCAGGGACGAGCGCGGCGAGGACGGCGGGGGAGGAGGAGGAGGUGGAGGAGGUGGUGGAGGAGGUGGAGGGGGAGGAGGAGGGGGAGGGAGAUUCCUCUCGAGUCGAGGCGGGGAGAGAGACGGAGCGAAGGAGGCGGCAAAAGACCGGGACGUCGGCGGCGGCGGCGGCGGCGGCGGCGGCAGGGAGGGCCCGACCAGGGACGCCGCUCGACCGCCGAGCGCGAGGGACUCCGGCGGCGGCGCCCGUUCCGUGAGGCCAUCCGCACUGCCCCCGGGCCGGCCUGCUCCUCACCACCACAACCACCAGCAGCAGCAGCAGCACCGGGAACCCCGGCCGGACGCCGGCGCCGACCAGGGGAGGCUCCGGGCGCCGAACGCCGCGGCGGCGCGGAGGCCCCCGAGGGAGUCACUACUACGAUGCUCCAGGCUCUAG